GAUUCAAACAAGCUUAUCUCUGAUUCUCUCCCAUGUGAUCAUAUCUAUGACUUCCUUAGCAGCCGGCCAGCAGGUUGUUGGCACUUUUACUUUAUAAAUUUCCUUUGCACACUCAAAUCCUCCCUAGUUCCGACCACCAAUCCGAUCUAUCACACAAAAAUGGGUGCUACUAAGGCUACAGAUGAUGAAACCUAUGACAGAACAACCGAAAUAAAAACAUUCGACGAGACGAAAGCCGGCGUUAAGGGUCUAGUCGACGCCGGAAUCACCAAAGUUCCCCGGAUGUUUCACACUCAACCGGACCCCUUUGUCCAGGCAUCAUCAUCACAUGACGAUCCAGACAAAACCCGGUUCAGUAUUCCGGUGAUAGACCUGCAGGGCAUAAACAGCGGUUCAGAGCAACGCAGGGAGGUGGUCGACAAGGUCCGAGGUGCAUCGGAGGUGUGGGGGUUUUUCCAGGUGGUCAAUCAUGGGAUUCCUGCCAGUGUCCUGGAAGAGAUGUUGGAUGGUACCCGGAGAUUCUAUGAACAAGAUACUGAGGUGAAAAAAGAAUGGUACACGCGGGACAGUUCGAAGAGAGUUGUUUAUAACAGCAACUUUGAUUUGUAUAGUGCAGGCUCAGCCAACUGGAGGGACACAACUUAUUGCAGCAUGGCUCCUCAUGCUCCCAGUCCAGAUGAAUUGCCUGAGGCCUGCAGAGAUAUACUGAUUGAGUACUCUGAGCAAGUCAAGAAAUUAGGCCUUACCUUAUUUGGUUUGCUUUCUGAGGCUCUUGGCCUAAACCCCAACCAUUUGAAUGAGAUUGGGUGCCCAGAAGGACUAGCCGUUCUGUACCAUUACUAUCCAGCAUGCCCUGAACCAGAACUAACCAUAGGAGCCAGCAAGCAUUCUGAUUCUGACUUCAUGACAGUGCUGCUACAAGACCAUAUUGGAGGCCUUCAAAUCCUCCAUGAGAAUCUUUGGGUUGAUGUUCCUCCUGUACCAGGAGCUUUAGUCAUAAACAUUGGUGAUCUCUUACAGCUGAUAUCAAAUGACAGGUUCAAGAGUGUUGCACACAGAGUGUUGGCCAGUGAUGUUGGUCCAAGGGUAUCAGUGGCCAGCUUCUUCACCACCGGUCAUGUACCAUCAUCAAGGAUCUAUGGUCCGAUCAAGGAAUUAUUGUCUGAAGAUAAUCCUGCAAAGUAUAGGGAAACUACAGUGAGAGAGUACUCAGUUCACUAUGAUGCAACAGGGCUUGGAGGUAAAUCUGCCUUGCUAGGUUUCAGGAUCUAGAAAACCUUGUACUACAAAGAUUAGUAUCAGUUUGGUUUGUAUUAAGUGUUAGAUAAAUGUCACUUUCAUUAGGAAAGUGGAUCCACUAGCAGAAAACAUGGAUCCACUAUCCCCUUAAAAUCAGGGAUUCAUUAUCUCAUUAUUAAGAUAUUGAAUUCCACUAUGAUUUCUGAAAGGUCAUUAUAAUGAAAUGCCAUUUUCCUGUUCAUAAGUGGUGCAAACAGUUAAACAGUAGGAAA